CGCUGGGGGAGGCUGCGGCUACCUCCGCGCCUGCUCUGCUUCUUGAGACGCGCCCCGCGACCCCGGUCGGGGGUGGCCUCCUGCUCCGAGCUGGGCUCCCCGGCCUUCUACGAUUGCCCGCAGACCCCUGCCCUCCAGAAACAAUGGUUGUCGCUGGACCCAGCUGGGACUCUGCCAGGCUCCAGUGCUCAGUCUAAGCGAAGGGCCCACUUCCAGCCCUGCUCUCCCUGCCUGUCAUGGCCACACUCAGCUGCUGCCUGCUCGUCUGGGGACACAGGGCCCCCAGCCCCAGCCCCGAGAGGUUAAGCCAGGCCCUCCAGCUCCAUUCCACAGGGGCGCUCUGGGCACCAGGCCCCUUUCAGACCAAGAGCAAACUGAUGCCACGGGCGAAGCCCCUGCCCACCUGUUCCCUCAUCUGGCACUGCCUGCUCUGAGACCCAUGCGCUGGGUCCCCUUGGAGGUGCCAACCCUGUGAACCCCCCCCGUCCCCUGACUCUGAGAAGGCCCUGCCCACCCCCACCAUGUGUGAAGUGAUGCCCACAAUCAACGAGGGGGACCCGCUGGGGCCUCCCCAUGGCACCGAUACUGACGCCAACUUUGAGCAGCUGAUGGUAAACAUGCUGGAUGAGCGGGAGAAACUGCUGGAAUCCCUUCGGGAGAGUCAAGAGACUUUGGCGGCGACACAGAGCCGGCUUCAGGAUGCGCUGCAUGAGCGGGACCAGCUCCAGCGCCACCUUAACUCUGCCCUCCCCCAGGAAUUUGCCACCUUAACCCGGGAGCUGAGUAUGUGUCGAGAGCAGCUUCUAGAGAGGGAGGAAGAGAUAUCAGAGCUGAAAGCAGAGCGGAAUAACACAAGGCUGCUUCUGGAACAUCUGGAGUGCCUGGUGUCCCGCCAUGAGCGGUCACUGAGGAUGACUGUGGUGAAGCGUCAGGCUCAGUCUCCUUCGGGGGUUUCUAGUGAGGUGGAGGUGCUGAAGGCUCUCAAGUCGCUGUUUGAACACCACAAGGCCCUGGAUGAGAAGGUGCGAGAGCGUCUUCGGGCAGCCCUGGAGAGAGUUACCACCUUGGAAGAGCAGCUGGCAGGUGCCCACCAGCAGGUGUCGGCCCUGCAGCAGGGGGCAGGGGUUCGGGAUGGAGUGGAAGAAGAGGAGGGGACUGUGGAGCUGGAUCCAAAAUGCCUGUGGAAGGAUGGCAUGGGCCAGGUAGAGGAGCUGCAGGAGCUUCUGGAGAAGCAGAACUUUGAGCUGAGCCAGGCCCGGGACCGACUGGUCACCCUGACAGCGACCGUGGCUGAACUUGAGGAGGAUUUGGGCACAGCCCGCCGGGACCUUAUCAAGUCAGAGGAACUGAGCAGCAAGCAUCAGCGGGACCUCCGGGAGGCUCUGGCCCAGAAGGAGGACAUGGAAGAGCGAAUCACCACCCUGGAGAAGCGCUACCUGGCUGCUCAGCGUGAGGCCACAUCCAUCCAUGACCUCAAUGACAAACUAGAGAAUGAGCUGGCCAAUAAGGAGUCCCUGCACCGCCAGUGUGAGGAGAAAGCGAGACACUUCCAGGAGCUGCUGGAGGUGGCAGAGCAGAAACUGCAGCAGACUAUGCGCAAGGCUGAGACGCUGCCGGAGGUGGAGGCCGAGCUGGCCCAGAGAAUUGCAGCCCUCACCAAGGUGCAUAGGAUACAUGGCCUGAGCAGGAAGGCGGAUGAUCUACAGACUGCACUGACCCAUUCCUGCCUCCAGGCUGAAGAACGACACGGCAACAUUGAGGAGCACCUGCGGCAGCUGGAGGGCCAGCUGGAGGAGAAGAACCAGGAGCUGGCUAGGGUGCGCCAGCGGGAGAAGAUGAACGAGGACCACAACAAGCGGCUGUCGGACACCGUGGACCGGCUGCUUAGCGAGUCCAACGAACGCCUGCAGCUCCACCUAAAGGAGCGCAUGGCAGCCCUAGAGGAGAAGAACACGUUGAUCCAGGAGCUGGAGAGCUCCCAGCGGCAGAUUGAAGAGCAGCACCACCACAAGGGCCGCCUGUCUGAAGAGAUUGAGAAGCUGCGCCAAGAGGUGGACCAGCUGAAGGGUCGAGGAGGGCCGUUCGUGGAUGGCAUCCACUCCAGGACACACGUAGUCAGUGCAGCGGAUGUGGGGUUCUCCCUGAGCACCAGCACCCACGCAUCUCAAGGUCUGCAUCGUUGCUACCCAGCACUGCGGGAAGAGCCUGCCAAGGACUGGGAGCCAUCUCCACUGCCUGGGGUGCUGGUCCCCACAGCCACCGCUGCAUUUGAGAGUGACCCUGAGAUCUCUGACGAGGACGUGCAAGGGGGUCUUCUGCGUUCCAUGGAUGCCGUCUCCCCCAGCAGCCACUCGGACGCGCAGACGCUGGCCAUGAUGCUGCAGGAGCAGCUGGAUGCCAUCAAUGAGGAGAUCAGGAUGAUCCAGGAGGAAAAGGAGUCCACGGAGCUCCGUGCCGAGGAGAUUGAGACGCGAGUGACAAGUGGCAGCAUGGAGGCCCUGAACCUGACCCAGCUGCGCAAGCGUGGCUCCAUCCCCACCUCUCUGACUGCCCUGUCCCUGGCCAGCGCAUCGCCUCCACUCAGCGGCCGCUCCACACUGAAGCUGACUUCCCGCAGCGCCGCCCAGGACCUGGACCGAAUGGGGGUCAUGACCCUGCCCAGUGAUUUAAGAAAGCAUAGGAGGAAGCUGCUGUCACCAGUGUCUCGGGAAGAGAACCGAGAGGAUAAAGCCACCAUAAAAUGUGAGACUUCUCCUCCUUCCUCACCCAGGACGCUGCAGCUAGAGAAGCUUGGCCACCCAGCCCUGAGCCAGGAAGAAGGCAAGAGUGCUUUGGAGGAUCCGGGCAGCAACCCCAGCAGCAGCAACAGCAGCCAGGACUCCUUGCACAAGGGCGCCAAGCGCAAGGGCAUCAGAUCCUCCAUCGGCCGCCUGUUUGGGAAGAAGGAGAAGGGCAGGCUGACCCAGCUGAGCCGGGACGGAGCCGCGGGCCAUGUUGUGCUGACAGACUCCGAGCUUGGUCUGCAGGAGCCCAUGGUGCCUGCCAAGCUGGGAACCCAGGCAGAGAAGGACCGGCGGCUGCGGAAGAAACACCAGCUGCUUGAAGAUGCCCGCAGAAAAGGAACGCCCUUCGCCCAGUGGGACGGCCCUACUGUGGUCUCGUGGCUGGAGCUCUGGGUGGGGAUGCCCGCCUGGUACGUGGCCGCCUGCCGGGCCAACGUCAAGAGCGGCGCCAUCAUGUCAGCCCUGUCGGACACGGAGAUCCAGCGGGAGAUCGGCAUCAGCAACGCGCUGCACCGGCUCAAGCUCCGGCUGGCCAUCCGGGAGAUGGUGUCGCUGACCAGCCCCUCUGCCCCGCCCACCUCCAGGACUUCUUCUGGGAACGUCUGGGUCACCCACGAAGAGAUGGAAACUCUGGCAACGUCCACUAAAACAGACAGUGAGGAGGGCAGCUGGGCUCAGACCCUGGCCUAUGGGGACAUGAACCACGAGUGGAUUGGGAACGAGUGGCUGCCUAGCCUGGGGCUCCCCCAGUACCGCAGCUACUUCAUGGAGUGCCUGGUGGAUGCUCGCAUGUUGGAUCACCUCACCAAGAAGGACCUGCGGGUCCACCUGAAGAUGGUGGACAGCUUCCACCGAACCAGUCUUCAGUAUGGGAUCAUGUGUCUGAAGAGGCUGAAUUAUGACCGGAAGGAGCUGGAGAAGAGGCGGGAGGAGAGCCAGCAUGAGGUCAAGGAUGUGCUGGUCUGGACCAAUGAUCAGGUGGUUCACUGGGUCCAGUCUAUCGGGCUCCGGGACUACGCAGGAAACCUGCACGAGAGUGGUGUGCACGGUGCUCUGCUGGCCCUGGACGAGAACUUCGACCACAACACGUUGGCCCUGGUCCUCCAGAUUCCCACACAGAAUACCCAGGCACGCCAGGUCAUGGAGAGAGAAUUCAACAACCUGCUGGCCUUGGGCACAGACCGGAAGCUGGAUGAUGGGGAGGACAAGGUGUUCCGACGCGCGCCCUCCUGGAGGAAGCGCUUCCGGCCACGGGACCACCACGGGGGCGGCGGCGUGCUCGGCGCCUCGGCCGAGACCCUCCCAGCGGGCUUCCGCGUGUCCACCCUGGGGCCCUUGCAGCCGCCACCGGCCGCGCCGAAGAAGAUCAUGCCUGAAGCUCACUCGCACUAUCUCUACGGACACAUGCUCUCCGCCUUCCGGGACUAGCCACAGCCCCCAAGGCCGGCUUCCACCUGCUUGGUUUCCCAGGCUCUGAUAGCCCUGACCCCUCCUGCUCGGUUCCCUUCCUCCUACGGCUCCUACUCUCAUCUGUGACUUUCCAGUCGCCCUGAAUCUCAGAAUAUACUUGUCCACCCCCUCGGCAUCGCACUAGCCCAAGUACAGCGUGUGUCCAUGUUAAGUCUCUUGUGGAUGUGGCUGGAUCUCCUGGUGUUGUGGAGACAACCAGGUUGUCCAUGCUUGUGGGCCUGGGGGAGGGAGAGGAAGCCAGCCCAAGACGGAUGGACUCCAGCCUCCUCCUUCUGCAUUUGGACUGCAGCCUCCACCAGAGACCAGGACAUGGUGCCAAGGGCGGGGGGUGGCCCUUCCAAGAAGAAAAGGCACUUGAGGCUGCCUUGCUUGGGUUGUUUGGCCUUCCAGUUUCUGUCCACCUCCUUUGGUACUAGACGGUCCACACCUGAUUUUUGGCACCCCCAGCAUUUCCCCUCCCCCAGCUCACCUGCGCAGCUGCUGCUCCUCCCUCACCUCCAGGGCCUUCCUGGGGGCUUGGAAGGGCUGCAGAAGGCCCCAUUCUUCCUCAGGACUAUGAGGCUGGCAGGGGGAAGGCUAAGGUGGAGAUUCUAAGGCCCUAGUUGAAGGUGAAUCCCCAACACCAAGUGUAAGGAUAGGGAAGCUCUCGGCCCUCCCGCCCAGUGGGAGGUGCAGCAGGCCAGCUGGAGAGCGAGCCAAUGGCCUGGGUGACCUUAAGCCCAGAUGGCGGUGGGAACGCACCCUGCCCCAACCGGAGGGGGAAGCCGCUGCUGGGCUUGGGGGAGGGGGGGAUUGUGUGGCUCUUGGCUCUGGGGCAGAACAGAGCUAACCAUGCCCUGCCAGCAGUGCUCUCAGUAUCCCUGCCCUUUCUGCUCCCCCUGCCCCACUUCUUUGAUAAUUCCAGCCCUGUAGGAACAUACCUGAUGGGUGGGUUGAGUAUACAUUGACCUUAAAAUCUGAUUUGGGAAAAGGGUAAUCUGAGGCUACUUUCCCCUGAUCUCCUGGGAAGAAAAUAAAGCUUCCCCUUUCGUGACUCAUGACCCAGGUCCAGGAAAUCGAGUGUUGGUGAAAGCUGUCAUUCUGCUUGUCCCCAGACCACCACCCCUUGUUCAGGGCUCUUUAGGUGUGCAGGCACGGCCUCGUCCAGAAAUUCCUGAGACCUGCCCGGCUUCAGCUGCUUCCCCCAGCGGCUUGGUGGCCUCCGGACCUGAGGGAUACAGGUUCUGGUUUGGUAGGAAUGUCACUUCCAAGAAAUCCGCCUUCCUCACCCACUUACUCAUUCUGCCAAGGUGCCUGGAAGUGUUUGGGACCCAAGUUCAGGGUGAGUUGAUACAACCCAGGGCUUCAUCUAAGCGAGAGGAGAGGAACAGUGCAUGGGCCAGUGCGUGCCAUCCAGCAGGUGGCUGAGCAGCUCGUUUGCGAGCUGAUGACUUGGGUUCUGAGCCGGGGCUAGGCCAGCAGGUGGGAUGCUGGGGUCAGAGCACCCUGUCCAGAAGGAGUGAUGGAGCCUGGGGCAGUGCCAGGCUUAGAGUCUUAUGCUACUUUUCAGUAGAGGAGAGGUCCACCAGUGCUGGAGCUGGGUGGGCUCCCAUGGGUGUGGGCAAGGCAGCUGCCCUUGCCCUCAGUGUUCCCUGCCCUUCCUGCCUGCCAGGUGCUGGGAGUGGAGCUGGAGGAAUUCUUGAGCAGAAAACAAGUUGGACAGAGAGAAAGGGCCCCUAUCCCUGGGUAAUGAAUGUUAAGAUCAUGGAGAAACCCAGAGUCCUAAGAUUGGUGAAGCUGGAGACUGCAAGGCUGUCUGACCCUUCAGGGAGCUCUGAGCUACCUAAGUGGGAAGGUCUACAGCUUAAUCCUGUCAUGACUGAUCAUGUCAUAAGGCAGCAGCUGGCAGGACCCAGGUCUGUUCGGGGCAUCUUGGGACGUUUUGCAGGGAGGUGAUGAAGAAGAGAAACCUUCUGCAUACAUCGAUGGAAAGCUCUUGUCUUGGUGUAUCCCUCGCCUCACGGUCAAUAUAUAUUUUUAGUUGGAGAGUCACCAGUGACCCACACCCCCCUCACCAGCCUCCUGUAUCUUGUCAGGUCCCUUCUCAGUACUGUACUGGCUCAGUGCAUCAGGAGAGGGCGUGUGGGUGUGUGUGAGUGUGGGUGUGUACAUACCAAUAAACAACCUGGUUUUAA